CCAAUCUCAUCGUUAUUGAAUUAUAUAACAAGAGAAAAGUAAAAAUCAAACUGUUUUGCUAUUCUCAUUCUUAGUACUCUCUAAAUAGCCGUAAAAAAUAUUCCGUAUUGAUUCAUGAGAAGCUGCAUUUAGUCUUCCCAAACCCAAUAGUGAGAGCUGCCUGGCUAUACAGUAUGGUAACACGGCCUUGACCAAAAUUCAUUUGUCCCUUAGACUGAAUGUUAUUGUAUACUCAGUGUUACUAGGAGCCACUAUGAAGUCUUUCCUGGAGAAACAGAUAAUUGAAAUUAUUCUUAAUGCAGUCUAAAUUUUUUUCCAUCUUGUCAUUUUGAUGAGAAAAACUUGCAUCUGAAUCCAUGGCAGCCACCACCACAGCCAAAGUGAGCUUGAGGCUCCUGAUAGACACCAAAGGUAACAAAGUACUGUUUGCCGAAGCAUCCAAAGAGUUCGUCGACUUUCUCUGCAGCUUACUGUCUCUGCCUAUGGCAACUGUGAUUAGGACUCUGUCUAAACAGGGCAUGGUUGGUUCCCUCGGGGUUGGUUCCCUCGGGGACCUUUAUGAGAGCAUAGAGAAUUUGAGUGAAUCUUACCUGCAGACUUCGGACGCCAAGGAUGCCCUGUUGAAACCUGACGUUCAUACAUCAGGAGCAGCUCUUCCUCUGUUGUUGCCAGAAAUUCAGACACCCAAAUCUACAUGCUUUUUUGGGUGUGGUCCUGGUGCUUCUUCUCCUGCUUUCGGUAGUACUGCCACCUUUACUUUUGGUGCCUCUCCUAGUUUUGGUGGAGGUUUUGCUAGCGGUUCCUGUUCUUCUCAUGUCACAAAUGAUCCAACUGCCAUUUGUCCUCAAAGUGGAAACCAUAUCAACAGAUCGCUAACGUUUGUCGAUCCACCAAAUAAGAAGACUUGCGCUCUUGAAGGAGGCUAUGUGAAAGGAGGGGUAGCGAAAUAUAUGAUCAUGGAUAAUCUGGAGGUGAGGCCCAUAUCUACUAUUUCCGGCAUCACUAUUAUGCUCAACCAGUUCAAUGUCAAGGAUCUUGGGGCGCUUGAAGAAAAAGUGGUCGAUGUGGGUGUGGAUCAGAGUGUGGAAUUGCUGAAGAUGUCCUUGCAGUCUAAGACUGUUCUUACUGAAGUUUUCCUUGGCAAGAAGUUUUCCUUCGCAAGAAGUUUUCCUUGGCAAGAAGCCUUCAAAUUGAUGAUCUAUAUUGACUUGUUACCCAAGGAGGAAUUAAAUUGCCUUUGGGAGUUGUUCUUUUGGUGUAUUUUGCUAAGGAUCCUUGAAAAUAUCAUGGCUGAUACUAUGUAGUAAAGCUUGGCCUUCUUGUUUUAUCUUGUUCUUGGGGUGUGAAACUGCUCUAGGCAUUGAUUGCAGUAAAAAACUGUGUUUCUCGAUGUAUUUAUGGGGAAGAAGGGUUAAGACUUAAGGAUGUUCUGUU